GGUGUUGCAAAAAAGCAUUUGCAUGCUGUGGUAAGCACUUAUCUAAAAAAGGUUUUCCAAAUUAUUUCCGAUCAAGCAGUCGUUGUCUUCGCAUUCGUCCCUUUUCAUAUGGAGAUUCGCUGAGCACUUUCAUUUCGUUGCCAGUCGUUGUUUUAUUUCGUUUCGUACAGAGCUCUCCAAAAUAGAAAAUUCGAAUUUUUUUCUGUGUUUUGUUAGUCUUGCGAGUCCGUGAAAUCGAUUUCUUUAGUCCGUGAAGAAACGUGCUUCGUUUUCGCAGGUUUUUGCUAAAUUGUUCGUGUAUCCAUUGGUUCACAUUAUGAGUACCCAUCAGCAUAGCCUGGGGAGGCUGGCCCGCCGAGGCUUCAGCCUGCGGAUGAAUACGCUGGCCGGCACACUGCAAAGGCAUUACCACCCCCGGAGCAGGCCAUGUUUGCCCCGGAACGUGGGCCAGGUGGGCGAACGGUCCAAGCCAGCGUUGAAGCCCUACGACAUCGACCGAAACCGGGUGCGUAAGUUUGCCGGGGAGAGGAAGACGCUGGUCGACCGGGUGCGGGGCAUGGGCCCCAGCCUGGGACAUGCCAAGUUGGUGCCCCCAAAGGUGUACGGCAAGGCGCGGCUGUUCUCCUCCGAAAGCAGCCUCUGCAGUCGCUUGCAGCAUCUGGAAAAGCAGGAGAACGAGGAGUAUUCGGGCCGGGAGGCCCAGCCGACGCACACAGCCUCAUUGUCGGCCACCCAGCAGCGGUACAAUCAGGCGGCAGGAAUCGGCAAGGGCAUGGCCAUGCAGACGGCCAAAGAUAUCAGCCAGUCCAUCCAGGAGGAGCUGAUGGUGGUGGACGCCGACACGCGCGACAUGCUUACCUGCGAUACCAGUCGCAAGGCGCUGCGCGACUACCACGACCACAUGGCCAAGCGGUCGAAGAACUCUGUCGAUCCCAUGCAGGGUUGGAAGCAUCCAAAGAACCUCAAGUAUCUCUCCUAUAUCCCGGCCGAGAGCAGUACCAGUAGCCCAGCAGCCCAACCCGACGAUGAAGCCCAACGGCAGAUGAGGCCACGUCGCCGCCAGAUGGUCAUGGGUCAUGCCGUUCGCAAUUUCGACGCCCUAGCCAAUCCCCCGCUUCAGCUCGGCAUCGGACCCAAGUACGAGAUGUAUACCUCCAAUGCCAAGGAGAUGUUCUCGGAGCAUCGCAGCGAGCUGCGUCCGCAGACAAGUUGGCACAAGCCAAAGCCAGCCGCCGAGGACAAGCCCGAGGAUCAGCUUAUGGACGUGUCGAUGGUCCGACCAGAGCGUCCGGAUAUCACAGUGGCCAGGCGCCUCUGGAAGAACGAGGAGGACGCACCCGAGCCGGAUUCGUGGUACGAGCAGCCCAAAGCAGAGCGCGAAUUCUUAAAGCAGACCUUCCUCGGCGGAGCCAAGAGUCGCCGGAAGCUGGGACAGUCCCAGUUGGACGAACUCCACCACGAGUCGUCGGACAAUGCGGCCCAGAUUAGUGCCUCCCAGCAGGUGAUUAACCAGAAGUACGCCGCCUUCCGCAGGUCGGCAAAGGGAAAUCAGAAGCAAAUUGUAGAGUCAGUGAAUCCGACGCCGCAGCCUCAUCAAAGGACCUUUCCGGAGCCCCGGGACAAGCGCAGAAGGCGUGGAACUUCAAACCAGGCCGUCGAACGACAAGCUGCACCACGGUUUUAUGCGGGGAACAGCCCACCAGCUGCGGAAGAAGAUGAGGAUGAGAAGAGGGACUCCAGAGAGUCCAAUUGGCCAUCGCCCAGUAACUCGGUGCUCCCGUCAUCCUCGCGUAGCGAGUCACGCCUUCAAACGGAGCACAGGGCACGUGGGCAGGGUGUCAUGGGCGAGAGGCGAGCUCCCAAGAACUCGAUGGAAACUGAAACCGUCGCGGAGGACAGCGAUAUCGCUAUGCCGCCAAGUUACAAGAAGGAGUCGGCCGUCCAACGCCUGGGAAAAGCUUCUUCCAGGCACAACAGCCGCGCCUUCAACAGCUACUGAGUCUCCCAGUCCUAUCGCAAUUGCGAGGUCGUGACCUGACCUCUGCCUUCUGAAAGUCCACUCUAAUCCCGAAUCAUGGUCAUUAUUCUCCCGGUGCUACAAAAGAAACUUUCACAUUUAGUGUCUAAAUCCCUUAAUGUCAACCAAAUUGAGGCCCGGAAAUCCUGCUGGCUAAGUGUGGUAUUAUAAUCGCAAAACGAAAGUAAUUUAAAUAAAACCUAUUACAGUUGCGAACAAAAAAA